UAAAAUGGCAGAAACUGUUGUCGGUAAUGCUCCUAGUUCGGCAAGUUCAGAGAGUGAUAGCAGUGAUGAACUUGGUUUUGAAAAUGUUGGAAGACUUGAUGUUAAUGAAGACUUGGUGCAGAAGGGGUCUUAUCCCCCAUCCCCACAGGGAUCUCAACCCUUGUCACCACUUACUCCUUGCACUCCUCACUGUCUCCGCACAAAACGAGAAAAAAAUAGAUCAUGUUCUAAGUCUGGGUCUUCUCGGGAGCCUGUAUUAAGAUCAGGACAGAGAACAAUUUACACAGCUGGUAGACCACCAUGGUAUGAUACACAGGGUCAGCUGGUGGAACCAUUUGUAAUUGGAAUUUGUGGUGGUAGUUCAUCUGGUAAAACAACAGUAGCAAGAAAGAUCAUUGAAGCUCUUGAUGUUCCCUGGGUAACACUACUCAGCAUGGAUUCAUUUUACAAGGUACUGGAUGAAGAACAGCAUAAAUUGGCACAUGAGAAUGAAUACAAUUUUGACCAUCCAGAUGCGUUUGACUUCUCCUUACUAAUAGAAACUCUAAGAAAGCUGAAAGAAGGAAAACGAGUCCAGGUGCCUAUCUACAACUUUGUCACCCAUGCCAGGGAAAAAAGAAUGAAAACCAUGUAUGGUGCAAAUGUCAUCAUAUUUGAAGGAAUUCUGUGUUUUGCACAUAAAGGCUUACUUGAGAUUAUGGACAUGAAGGUCUUCAUUGAUACUGAUUCUGACAUCCGACUGGUUCGGAGGCUGAAACGUGACAUCAUGGAUCGUGGGAGGGACUUGGAAGGGGUGCUCAAACAGUACAACAGAUUUGUCAAGCCAGCUUUUGAUCAUUACAUUGCCCCAACAAUGAUUGAUGCUGAUUUAAUUGUACCACGAGGUAAAUAA